AUGGACUCAUUCAAGCGGGGCGCGAUUGCAAGGUAUCUGGACGGGGGCGAGACACCCCGCUUCGGAGAGCUGAGCAAGCUGCUGCCGGUGUUUCUGGUCGUCGCCACCAUCGUCUUCUUGUAUGUCCAGUACUUUUUUCUCCACUGCCUGCGCUUGUUGCAGUGGGACGUGCCAGACUCUCUCCGCGAUGCGGCGGGCAUCCGUAGAGGAUCUUGGCAGCUGGGGGUCUUCCAUGGCAUCACAGUACUGCUGCUCUACUGCCUGCUCAGGUGUUUGCUGACCUUCCCGGGCGGCAUCCCUGAUGGGCAGGGCUGGGAGCUGCAGAAUGAGGCUGCGCCAUCGCCGGUGGACGGAGAGAUGAAGUCCGUCCCGCUGACGGAGAAGAAGACGAGCGGCGAAAGGCGGCACUGCAAGUGGUGCUUGAAGUACAAGCCAGACAGGUGCCACCAUUGCCGGGUUUGCAACAUUUGUGUGCUGAGAAUGGACCAUCACUGUCCCUGGGUCUACAACUGCAUCGGCUUCCGGAACCACAAGUACUUCAUUCUCUUGCUGAUCUAUUCGGCCGUGGACCUCAUAUUCAUUUCCAGCACCAUGUUCGAGUCCGUGUGGUGGUCUACCCGACUGGAUGUGAAUCCAGCGCUGAUGCUGUCGCUGCUUUUCGCCGAGUGCUUCGCCUGCUUCUUGUGCACGGUGAACUGCCUCUUCUUGGGCUUCCACGGCUGGCUGACGGUGAAGGCCAUGUCGACCUUGGAGUUCUGCGAGAAGUCGAUGAAGUGCCUCUUCGGGUCUCAAAGCUUCGGAUGA